AGUAAAAAUAUUACAGAACAAUUUUUUUCAAAAUAUAAUAAAAAUCUGCUAAAAGCAACGAAGUAUUAUCAUAUUCUAUAGUUCUAUUUUAUUGCGUAUAUUGGCAACACUACUGACAUAAUAUCUAUCAAAGUUGUUUCCACGGUUGACUCUUCUGUUAAGCCGUGGUUAGAACAUAAAUACAAAGAAUACGUGACGUAUAAAACAUUUUAGUUAUUUAAAUGAACAUUAAACAUUAAUGAAAUUAGUUCAUAACUAGUACUUAUUAGUAUGUUGUGAAAGUUUUAUUAUUCACCGUACAAUGACAUAAUUCACCUAUGUGUAUCAAUAAUUAGUUGUUUACAUUAAUAUAACCUAUCAAAUUAUGGAUGUUCCAACUCCUUCAAAUGUAAAUCAUGGAUUUUCCCAUAAUACUGAUGGAUUUUUAAAUAUAUCUAUCGAAUCUCCAAAUUUGGAUCCAUUGUCAACAAAACGUAGAAGUUCUUCACGUACAAUAAAGCGUAGAAAAUUUGAUGACGAGCUUGUUGAAACAACAUUCAACUUACAACCACCAGCUACAAGUACAAAGUCUGCCUCCAGAUCUAGAACUGUCUCAAUUUCUACCACCCCAAUAGAGUCUGCUGUUCCACAACAAAAUGCACCAAGUCCUAUUCAGGUUUCUACAAAUGUUUCUCAAUCGGAUAGAUGUAACAGACGAACAAGUAGACCAGGAGCGUCAAAUGCUCCAGGACGAAAAAAUAAGAAGAAUAAAAAUCAUUCACAUUCAGUAAAUGCAACAAAAGAUCUAGGAAGAUGGAAACCAACAGAUGACUUAGCAUUAAUCACUGGUGUACAACAGACAAAUGAUUUAAGAAUGGUUCACAGAGGUACAAAAUUUUCUUGCCGUUUCACAUUGCAAGAAAUACAACAAAGAUGGUAUGCUUUGUUAUACGACAGUGCUGUUUCAAGAGUAGCAGUACAAGCUAUGCGUAAUUUACAUCCGGAAUUAAUUGCUAGUGUGCAAGCAAGAACUUUAUACAGUAAAGCAGAGGAAGAUCUUCUGGGUACAAUAAAAUCGAUUACUCAACCAACGGUAGAAGUUUUUCAAGAACUUCUUGAGGCAAAUGCUCAUACAUUUUAUUCUGCCCGAACUGCAAAAGCUUUAUUAGCUCAUUGGCAGUUAAUGAAACAAUAUCAUCUUCUUCCUGACCAAACUGUACAAAGUUUACCACGGGGUGAACACGUUCUUAAUUUUUCUGAUGCAGAAGAAAUGAUCAAUGAUACAGAAUUAAUGGAACAGAAAGAUGAGUUAGUAGAUGCGGAACUUAUUGCAGCAGAUAGGAGAAAUAAAAGAGAAAUAAAGGUGUUAGAAAAUGAAUUGUGUAGAUGGCAGGUUCUAGUUGAUAGCGUAACGGGAGUAAAUCCACCAGAUUUUGAUAAUCAAACUUUAGCAAUACUCAGGGGAAGGCUUGUUAGAUAUUUAAUGAGAUCACGAGAGAUUACUGUGGGUCGUUCAACAAAAGAUCACAAUGUGGAUGUAGAUUUAACAUUGGAAGGGCCAGCCUGGAAAAUAUCAAGAAGACAAGGAACUAUUCGGUUAAGAAAUAAUGGAGAUUUCUUUCUUUCCUCGGAGGGAAAGCGACCAAUUUUUGUAGACAGCAGGCCCAUUCUUGCAGGAAAUAAAAUGAAGCUUAAUAAUAAUAGUGUAAUUGAGAUUGCAGGUCUGAGAUUUAUAUUUUUGAUAAAUCAAGAACUGAUUUCUGUUAUACGUCAAGAGGUAGUCAAACUAAAUUUGAAACCAUGAGUGUUCUAUUUCAUUCCAUAAUUAAUAUUGUGUACUACUAUAAAUAAUGUAUUGUCUCGUAUACGUUUAUUGUAUUAUCGUAUAUACUAUCGUGUGUAUAUAUAUAUAUAUAUAUAUAUAUAUAUAUAUAUAUAUAUAUAUAUAUAUAUAUAUAUAUAUAUAAGAGUUUUGUAUAAAGUAAAUAAUUGUUCCAUUAAAAGAAACUAAUAAAUUUUGCUCAAUUUUGUAUAUUGUAAUUUUGUUUCCUUGUUAAUAGUGGCUUGCAUUGUACAAAACAGCUUAAUUCAUCUAUAUUUUGCAUUUGUUUAAAUAUUAGAAAAUUUACAAUAAAUGUACUACUGAAAGAAAAAAUGAGCAUAUGUAUACCUUUGAGGAGCCGUGAAAGGAAUUGUUUAUAUUCUAGAGGCAAUGCGUAAUCUUGAGCAGAUAGUGGGGAUCAAGGAGCAUUGUCAGGGGAGGGGGUUAGGUGGAGUGAAACGUGUAAGUGCAUUUUUGAACCUUCUUUUACAAGAUUUAAAAUUUGCUUGUAAUUUCUAUUUGAAUAUUUCUAUCCGAUACUAUCAGCCUAAAUAAUUCAAUUCACAUUGAUUAUAUACUUAACAAGUUUUUCAGAAUGUGACAUAAUAUUUUUGUGUUUCGUUACUUUUUGGGGAGGGACGAUAGGGGUGAUUGCCUUCUGGAUCCGCCACUGUGGUCAGAAACAUGGCGGAAAUGUAGAAAUGCGAAUCCGUGGCUGGGGGUUGUUUAAAUACGGGGGAAGAAAGAAAGAAAGGAAGAUACGGGAUAUAUGUAUGUAUAAUGUUGAGAAAAAUUUCAUUACGAGAAAUUAAAUGGUUUCGAGUGAUGCAUCACGCGGUGCACCUGUCUUUUCCCUAUGGAAAUCCAUGGCGCUAUGGAUCAUACGGCUCUUGGGGUGGUCGUAGAAACGGUUGGAACGGUAAUAGCUGGGGAGGAAGAGGAUGGUCAGGCAGAAGCGGCUGGUGAUGAUAGAAAUACGAGGAGCCUUCGAUAUUAUUAACUGAUACAUUACUAAACUUUAGAAUUAUCGUAACAAUUGUCGCUUCUCUUUCUGGAUGAUUAUAAUUUUUAUAGCACUAUAUAUAAUUCUUUAUAAAUAAUCCUUUAUAAAUAAAUUUUAUUUGCAAUGUA